GCCGGCCGAGCGGCAAAUGAGUCAGCACCAGUAACGACAAUUUAGCCUAGUUCUUGGACGAGGGAGUACUGCGCGGUAUCCAAGGAAAAUAUCAAAUCAUCGGUUAUCUUAAUAAAGCGAAAAUGGCGGUCCCUGCAGCCCCUAAUCUGCAGCUGAAUCCAGAAAGACAAAGCGACACGGUAAAGUCUACAGAAAACAGCAUCGUUAUCGACGAGAAAGAGCUGGAAAAUAUCAGCAACAACGACGAAGACGGCACCUCUCUGCCUCUCCACUCUCCCUGGACAUUUUGGCUCGAUAGGUCAUUACCAGGGACAACGGCGGCAGAAUGUGAAUCCAAUCUGAAAAAGAUCUACACUGUACAGACAGUUCAGAGUUUCUGGAGUGUAUACAAUAAUAUUCCUGCUGUGUCGUACCUGCCACUGCGGUGUAGUUAUCACUUAAUGAGAGGAGAGAGAAGACCACUGUGGGAGGAAGAGAGCAAUGCGAAAGGUGGUGUUUGGAAGAUGAAAGUGCCUAAGGACAGCACUGUGACUGUAUGGAAAGAGUUACUGUUGGCUACUAUUGGUGAACAGUUUACAGAUUAUUGUGCUUCCGAAGAUGAAGUGGUUGGUGUAAGUGUUAGUGUAAGAGAUCGGGAAGAUGUUGUCCAAGUAUGGAAUGGAAAUGCCUCCUAUGCCAAUGAAGCCAACAUCUUAGGAAGAAUCUAUGAACUUCUUCCACAGAUAUCUUUUAAAGCAGUAUUUUAUAAGCCACACGAGGAGCACCACGCAUUUGAAGGAGGCCGUUCGAGACAUUAGCACGCUUUGCACAUUCAAUGUUUAUUUACAUAUUAUUUUAAAUUCUUUUUUUUUUUUUUUCUCGGACUACUUGUAGAGAACCGACUGCCUCUCUAUAUCUCACCUGAACUGUGCUACACAGACUUUUUUUUCGGAGAGCGGAACACUUCAGCCCCAGAAACAGAAAAUGAGACAACUGUCUGUUUCUUGUUUUGAUACGGCUGAUGAACCUUUUGUGCUCUUUUUACUGACUGACUGAUCUCUCUUUAGAUAUUUAGGCAAUAUCUUUGAAAAUGACAUGAGAGUAGCGCAGCUCCUGUAUUUUUUAUCAUAAUAGAGCAAUGAUGCCCAGCUUUCUUUCUUUCU